AUGCUCGCCCAAUCGACAUUUAGAAGAUGCAGAUUAUCUUGCAGCACUGUCCCUAUCACUGCCACCCAUUCCCCUGAGAGCUCGCGGGCGAAGUUUUCAGCUGUGCAAUGGAAAUGGAACGGCGACAAUCGUUUCUCAAGCACGACUGCCUCCCCCCUAACUCCAGCGGACCGCAUCCACAUCCUAGGCAUUGGAAACCUAGGCUGUCUAUACGCCUAUGCCUUAGCCACAAAACCCGAGCCACCACCCAUCACACUUCUCUUUCAUCGGAUAAAGAUGGCAACCGACUGGGAGAAGGUUGGUCAGUCUAUUGAGCUAUCCAUAAAAGGCAAGGGAUAUGUAUCAAAUUCCUACGAUUCCGAGAUAAUCAAAACACCUUCCUUGGAUAACGGCGGGAAAUGUCUAGACCCUCCAAUCAAGAACCUAAUUGUGGCCACAAAAGCAGUAGAUGCAGCCGAUGCGCUCGCUUUAAUACGGCACCGUCUCUCACCAUCCUCGAAUAUCCUCUUCUUGCAAAACGGCAUAGGCACCCCAGAAGAAGUGUCCGCAAGGAACUUCAAAGACCCCGCUACACGCCCUAACUAUCUCGCCGCCGUGACCUCCCACGGCGUCUUCUCCCAAGGCCCAUUCCGCUCUGUAUUUUCCGGACGAGGCAAUGUCUUCAUAUCAAAACUGCCCGCGAAAGCAGCGACUCAAUCGCCCUCUAAUUCUCACUCAAACUAUCUCAUCAAGCAGAUCUGCAACACCCCCCUCUUAAACGCUACCAGAAUCUCUCCACAGAAAUUCAUAUUGCACCAAUUCGAAAAAGUCGUUAUCAAUGCGGUAAUCAACCCUCUAACCGCCAUACUCGACUGCCGGAACGGGAAACUCUUCGACCACAUCGAGGUUGUAGUAGUCGUGCGGGCGUUGAUCACGGAAGCUAGCAAUGUUCUUCUCUCCCUACCAGAACUACGCUCUUUAGAUCUUACAGAGGAGGAGGAAGAAUAUUUACUCUUCCGCUUCUCGCCCGAAUCACUAGAAAGGCGCGUCCAACUUGCAGCCUGCAAAACCAAGCGGAACACAAGUAGCAUGCUGCAGGACGUUCGAAGUCACCGGACGACGGAGAUUGAUUAUAUUAACGGGUAUAUUGUAAUGAAUGGGAAGGAUCUGGGCAUUGAUGUUACGACGCAUGAAAAGAUUAUGGAGUUGGUGAACGAGAGGAAGAUGAUUACGGUGGAUGAGAUUUUAGAUGUUUUUGAUAUGAAGAUUGAAUAG